AGUCAGCCAAGUGUUGCUUCAAAGUAUGAACUUUUAGCUUAGAGACAGGCCAAAAAGACACAAAACUGCAAUGUCUAAAACACCAAAGAAAAAAGCGUCCUCAACCAGCCUCGUCGCUUCUUCGCCAGGAUACUCUCCCAAAAAAGACACAUCCUCGGCAGUGGCCAGUGCAUCAGAAGGGCCUGGAGAACAGAAGAGUCGAUUCCCUCUCUGGCCAGAGUGGAAUGACAAUGAGGUUAAUGCCGAGAAAUGGGAUGCAGUGAAAACCUCAAAAGACAGCAAGUUCUUUGAUGAUCCAGAAGGUAAGGUUGAACUUCCUGCCUCUUUGAGAGUUCACACCUGGAAACGGUCUUCUGAGUAUAUAGUUAAUAAGACUCCUGUUGUUGUGGAUAAUGAAGCUGCUUUUGACCUUACCUCAGCAAAUGAGCAUUUACUUUCAAGCGAGCUCAUGCGAUGGAUCAUUAGUGAGAUCUACAUUCUGUGGAAAGUCUGUAAUACAGGUGACAACAAGCCCGUCUCCACGGAAACAGCUGCCAACCCUUGGAGACCCUGGGAACACAUCUACUCCCUGUGUAAAGCAGUUAAGGGUCAUAUGCCCCUCUAUAAUGCCUAUGGGAAGUAUGUCAUUAAACUCUACUGGAUGGGAUGGUGGAGGAAGAUUGUUGUGGAUGACAUGUUACCAUUUGACAAGGACAACAACCUUCUACUUCCUGCUACUGUGAACCAAUCAGAGCUGUGGCCGAUGGUCUUGGCUAAAGGCAUACUAAAGUUGGCCAGCACUGAUGUUCCGGUCUUGAGCUCCGGGAGGGAGUUGGGAGAGUUUACAGUCAUUCACUCUCUUACUGGCUGGAUCCCAGAGAUCAUUCCUUUGAAGUACUGGUAUACUGAAAAAAUCUGGGAGUUUUUGAAGGAAACUAUUGCAAAAUUCCAGCUGGAGGAAGACGGAUCAGAGGAGAAGACCACGACUGCUGACCUCACGACUUCAAAGGAUUCUGAUGGAAACGAGAUCAAGAGUGAAUCUCCCACAGAACCUAAGAGUAGAGCCAUUGGCCCUCAAAUGGUUGUGUGUGCUAGUUACCAACCCCUGCAUCUUUCGGAGAAAAGGACCUCAGUGCUUACCAAGAUGGCCGAUUCAUCUGAGAGUCUGAGGCAGUACGGCCUUUCUCAGCUCUACAGUCACCCAGUACUGCUUGCUAGUACUCGAGGCUGUCCCCUGGUGGCCCCACCUAAACCACCCGCUGUUCCUAAUUGGAAGCUCAUUCGCCCCCGCAAGCAGACCAACAUUACGGAUGAACCCAAAGAACCUCCUGUUCAGAAGCCAGAGCAGUUCAUAGAGGUGUGCAGCCCCUUUAUCAACUUCAGACUCAUGACUAUGGCCACCCAUGACAUGGAGCAGGGUGCUGUAAAGAGGCGUGGCUACAGCUCAAAUCUGACCUCCUUCUCUGAAAUGGAUGAUAGCGAAGAGGACCAUCCUCAGAAUGACAUCACCCAGAACAGUCCCAAUACUUUGGAUGCCGCUGAAAAUAAUGAGGUAACAGCAGAGGACAAGAAAAAGGACGCCAACAUCGCCAACUAUGCAGAGAAAGCGGAGUCGACUUCAAAUCCUGAGAAAGAGGAAAAAGAUAAAGAGAAGGUGCAGACAGCCAAGGAAUCAAAUUCUGCACCGCUUCAGUCCCAGGAUUCAUCAGACAAACCCCUGCUGCAGGAAACCUGGGUGGACCUUCACAACUUCACCAAAUGCUUCCAAACGUUGCUGAUUUUCCACAAGCCAGACACACAUGCACAUCAAUGCGCAUGGGCCCACUUUCAGAACUCUAUCUCCUCUCGACUGUCUGCUACUCCACUGUCCAAUGCUGUGGCCUCCACCCACUCUGUUACUGCUCCCGCUAGACAACCGGAUUCUACAGCAACUGUUCACACACAGUCUACAGAUGGAAAAUGUACUCACUUCCUGUUUGUGGACAACCUGUUACCCACAGAAAUUGUCAUCUGUUUCUCAGCAUUAACACAGUGGGGAGAAAGUGUGGAACAGAAGAGGAUGUCUCCUCCCAGGCCUGCUUUUCUGACAGCUAAGCCUUUCUCAUGGAAGAGCAUCGUCUCUGAACUUCCUGUGGUGCAGAUCCAAACCACUGCUAGUAAAGCUAAAUUAAUGACUCUGCCUCCCGGACGUCAUGUUCUUCAUAUUCAAACAAGGGCUCCAUUGGCCAUCCAUGUACAUCUCUGCAGCAUGUCUCCUUUCGUGUUUGGUGAUGAGGAGACUGUUAUGCCACACCUUGACAAGGAGAGUCUGAGGUUCUGCGAGCAGGCAGCACUGAUUCUGAGAGCUUUGGGUCGAGUUGUCAGCUGUUUCUCAGAUCCAGAAGAACUGCCAUCAGCUGCCAAAGAGCUUGAGAAGACCCAUGGUCUAGGCAUACAGCAACAAAGAGUGUUCAAUGAGGCUGUGUAUCAUAUGUUCUGCUCUGCGCUGGGGCGGAAACUGACCUCCGAGGAACUCUUCGCGGUUCAGACUCUAACCGGAGACCCGUCACUGCACGGCAGCAAUGAAAGAGCUGCGGACACGGCAUCAGAUGGCAAUCCUGAGGGAUGGAACGGCAGGCAGGCCACGGAUCAGGAAAUGCAGGCGGCCACUGUUCUGCAAGCAGGAUGGAAGGGGUACCUGGUCCGCGAAAUCCUCACUGCAGCAAGACCUGGCACCAAGGAAAAUCUGAGUGUCACAAAGACUCUAGAGGAGAUGUGGGAUUCUGUGGUGUCAGAUUCGGAGAAACAUGCCGUAGCUUUACUGAGGCACAUGGUUGCUAAUGGUGAAGGAAUAGCAGAUCUGUACCCCUGCAGAGAAGAUGAGUGCAACAGAAUAACAUUCACUGAUUAUUCAGUAGCUGUACCAGAGGUGACAAACUCCUGGAUUCUGAUCUUCAGGGAGGUGUUUCAUGUUCACAAGAACAUGCUGCUUGUUCCUAAGAUCUACUCCCCUCUUCCUGUAUGUACUUUGCAUGUCAUAAAUAAUGACACUUUAGAGGAAAUACCCAGAGUCUUUAACCGAGUAGAGCCACACCUGUACACCGCAAACAAGAGCGGUUACACAUUUGUAGCUGAGGCACAUGCUGGCAACACAGCCCUGACUGGUGGAAAAUGGCGCAUGCGUCUCAUUGGCUCCCGAGAACCCCUACCACAGCUGUCCAAGGAAACACCAAGAAAUAAUUUCUCUGUCAAAGAGUUGAAAGGAUACUACAUCCCUAAUAAAAAGGACAUCAUCUGCAGACACGUGGUUAAAGUCUCCAGUGAUCACAACGCUACUGUACAGUUUCAGACCUCACAGUCAGAUGUCUAUAUUAAACUCAGCAUCCUAGACAAUGAGAAAGAAGUCAUAAGCAACCAGGGCAAAGGUCAUGUCAUCAUCCCAAUCUACUGCUUCUUAGCCAACAACGGCGCUUCUGUGGCCCAGGCGGGGGCAAGACAGGAUCAGGGCGGCCUUACAGCAGAAGGGACCGUGACAAGAGGAAAGGAAGGGAGUGACCAGCACCCUGCGGACACAUUGUUUCAUAAGUAUUGUAUACAGGCGGUGGUGUUACGGGAGAGCUGGCCUUUAGAUGAAUCGCUUGCCUCCUUCAUCCAGAAACUCAGAGAUAUGGAGCGCAAUGAAAUGAGAGUGUUUGGAGAUAUUUUGGACGGCACGUCUGCCUCUGUUGGUACAGAACAACAAAACAGAGACGGCCAGAAAUCUGCUCCUAAAUCAACACACAAGGCCAAGGAACGAGAGAAGGACAAAGAAAAACUAACAUCCAUGUCAAGCUUCACCAUGGGCCAAAGUUUGGACACGACUAAGCCCCACUGGACCCUGCGUGUCGUGAGCGAUCAAAGUGAGGCCAGAAAUAUAGAAGUAAAGAAAGACACAGAGACACUGGAGGAGAUCAGAGCGAUGAAACUGGCCUGGGAAAGCGCUGAGCCCGGCCGAGCAGCAAAGGCUUAUCAGACCCGUCUGCGCUAUCUCAAAGACGUGGAGGAACCGACCACAGCUGAGACAGGCACACCUCAGUCCCAACAGAGCGCAGAGAUCAGUGCUCUUAUACAGAACAGAUUUGACAUUGAUUAUACACCGUUUAUCAGGAAGUCUUUGCCUCAGCCUCGUCUAAAAGAUGAAGUGCUUGAGGAAGAACAGAGAAGGGAACGUUCUGAGAAGUUCCAAAGCUUCCGCCUGAUCUGGGACAACAUUCUAGAACAACGCAAACAGGAAAAAACUGCACGAAGGGAUAUGAUGAAACGUCAGCUGGAGACUUACAUUGGUUUUCAGGACGCUAUGGAUAAAUAUCGCCAAAAGAUGCUUCAGGCUCGGGAUGCGUACCGUUCCCAUGUCUUGGAGGAGCAGUCUCAUAAGAAGAAAGAAGAGGUGUCCGUGGAGGCAGCCGAACAGGUGGAGCUAGAGAAGAACCCCCCACAAAUCCAGCCAGGUUCACGUAAGAGUGGAGGCAAAAGGAAGUGAGCCGAUUGGUCAAAACUUUACAACACCGAACUUGUCAGUUUUUAUCAAUUCAGUUCAAAUGUUAUCAUCUUUUCAGUAGAAAUAUUUAAUGUGUUACUGUCAGAAUUUUACUAGCUCUGAGUUAUCCACUGUGAUUUUACAGAUAUAUAAUAAUUGAUUACUUCCUCCAGUUAUUUGUUUAAAACAUGAUUUGACAUAAAGAACUGACAUUUCCUGCAAAAUACAACCUGAAAAUUCAAAUUUCACAUUUUUUUAUAAGAUUAUCGUUGUAAAUCGGGGUAAGGGAGGGAGACACUGAUUGUUUAUGUACUUGUUCAAUAAUAACUUUUCAUUUUCAACCAAAAAAGUUACAGAUUGCAUCUUUACAGUUAAAAGUUCAAGCUUAAAGUGUUAUCAAUGUUCUAGCAGAUUGCAGUCUGCUAUUUGAUGUUCUGUCGUAAUAGAAAAUCUGUCAGUAUGAGUUUACAGCAUUAAUGCUCAAUAAAACGUGAGUCCUAUUUCUUAACUUGCCAGAUUUACUGUCAUUAAAUUAUGUAUAAACAAUUAGACUGAUAUUUUUAUUAUUUUAUUUACAUCAUCAAACUAUACUGGAUUGUGUCAGAAUGUUUAAUGCAGUUACAUUGCAGCUAUCCAUACGGAGUGAAUGACCUCAGUUGGUUGCAGGAGGUCUGUCCUGCCAGACAUUCUUUUUUUUUUCAAGUACACUCUCUGUGAUUUUUGGAAGGCUUGCUCCAGGAUAUAUUCCAUUUCAGUGGGCAGUUAGAGCAUUACUCACAUCCGCUCUGAAGAUGCCUCGGCUCAUAAGGAUAAUUAAGGUUAAAUCUCUCUCUGUCCUUGUUUUCUCUGCCCAGCUAUCUUCUUGUCCCUAAAGCGUAGAAAAACAGAAAAAGGUUGGGUGUUUGCGUCUCUGUGUGUUGGGACAGGAAGGCGUGUGUGCAUGUGUUUCCUGACUCUUCAGUCUGGGGUCUGUCACUUCACAUCCAACUAAAGCCACCUUCAUAACCCCAGAAAUCAUAUGAGGGAGCUAAAUCACUAAGCCAUGGUCAGAACUUACACACAUACACAAAAAAAAAAUUCUUUUUGCAUCGCGGCACAUUCAACGCAGUAUGAGGUAUGAGGCUCGUGUAAAGCACAGGAUUUGAUUCUAGUUAUCCAUGAGUGCCACACACCCACACUGAACUAUGAAAGAGCCAUUAAUGACUCAUAUUAGGCCUCACGGGACAUCAAAAGAGCCCCAAGAGUACUGAUUGUAGUGUUGUGCAGUGACAAUUUUCUAUACAUUUGAAAGGCCUCACUUAUUUACAUUUAUCACAGCGUGUCCAUAGUAAUAGGGACAAAUGUUAUUUUAAUCUUGUGGGCAGAUGUUUCUUUAUUUUAACAUAUACUGAAGGAUGUUCAGUGAAAGAGAUGCAGAGUUUUACAGAACACCACUGUUAAUCUGUUUAUAUAGAUUAUAUCACAUGA